UACGUGACCAAAAUUUUCACGCGUGAAACUAGGGAUGGAGAGAUACACAAAAUAAAUUUAAGUAUUACUCAUUAAUAAAUGUCUCGUUUUAACGAAUAGAACCAUAUGGUAAUUGACAUGAUUUUUUUUUUUCAAAGGGAAGGAUUAGAAAAAGAAAAAGAAAAGUAUUUGAUAGAAAAUGGAUUCAAAUUCAAAAGUGUAUUCCUUUGAUGAAGUUGCAAAGCACAACCAGCAGAAGGAUUGUUGGCUUAUAAUCUCUGGAUAUGUGUACGACGUGACUUCAUUUUUGCCGGACCAUCCAGGCGGCGAUGAGCUUCUGCUACUUGCAGUGGAAAAAGAUGCAACAUUUGAUUUUAAGAGUGUUGGACAUAGCGAAUUAGCUCAUGAGAAGAUGAAAAUGUAUCAAAUAGGGAAGAUCGACAUGUCGACUCUCCCUGAAAAACAAAAGUACGUGGAAAGUGCACCAUAUCAACGAACUCCAAGUCUAUUUUCCUUCUCACCCAUCCAUCUUCUACUCCCUAUUUUGCUCUUAGCCUUGGCUUUUGCAUUUCCCUACUUCAAACUUAAGGCCUAAAAUUCAUAUUAUUUUACAUUUCUAUUUUACUUUCCCACAAGUAUUAUUAUAGCCUAUGGGCUAUAAAAUAACAAUUUCUAGCAACUUCGUGAUUGAAUCGUUCAAUGGAUUUCUACCUCUUUACUUCUUUUUCAA